AUGACCUUCAGCAUCGAACUCACCAAACCCCGAAAACCCAAUACAGAGCUCUCCUCCGAAAUCCGCGCAAGCAUCCUCCCCGGCCUACAAAACAAGAUCCCCGCAGCCCAACUAGCAAAGCAGUUCGGCGUCUCCCGGACCACUAUCUACGCUACAAGACAGCCCUGGGAUCUCGUCGAAGACACUUAUGGAAAGCGCUCCUGA